AUGUCUGCGCCAGGAAAGGUAAAUAUCACAUAGUUAAAAUCUAAACUGUUUUCGAAGAGCAUCAUUCAAUCUGAUUCAUUUUCCAUUACUAUUAUUAUUAUUUUUUAAUUGUUUCUUUUUAAUUAUAUUGUAUUUUUAUUCUUUUAUUAUUUAUUUAUGAAUAAAAGAAGAAAAAUAAAAAUUAAAGACAAAUUUUUUUGUUUUUCAGAAAAUUGCGCAAAGCGACGAUCUUACACAUCCCAUAAAUGUUGGUCUACGAAAAGAUGAUGACAAUGAAGGUAAAGUCUCUUCUCUUCUGAGAGUUUUCUCACUUAAACAAAUCAACGCAGUGAGCUUUGACUGGCUUUAAGAAAUGAGGCAAAAGAAAUGAGGGUUUCACUGCCCUGCAAAGCGAUUUCUUUUCGUUUUUUAACCUUAGCCAUAAAGCCAAAUGAAAGUGAAUUCCAGUUUUCGAAAAUGAACCUAACGAAAUUUGCAGCCCUCUGAGUGAAAAAGUGCAAAAAGGUAGGUUUUUUUGCACUCGAUUAGCUUAAAAAUCACAUAAACAAAGGAAAAGGAAAGGAAAAAUAGAAAGUGGUGAGGAGGAAGAAAGCAGGACAAGAGAAUAAAUUUAUGGUUGAAUUCUUAGAUUUUAUAUAUUGGCUGCUUUUGUUUGGCCCGCUAAAAAACUCCCUGACAGAAGAGGUCUAUUUGGCGGUAAUGCUUUCAAAAAUCCUGCUAGAUUUAGAAAUGCAAAGAUUCUUGUGUCUUUUUAUUACUAUAAUUAUUAUUUUACAUUCUAGGCCAGCUUCUGUGUGAGGAUUUCAAGAUCCCGGUGCUUCCUGCAGCCUUCUAUCUGAAUGAAAAUGUUAAUUUCAACCAGUCUGCGGCUUCAGGAAAAAUGAGCACACAAGGUUGUUGUUGCUGA